AUGCACUGGCUUCAUCACAGCUGCAUUGUUCCAGCCCUUGCAUGUAUUCCCAGAAAAUGCGAGAUUGACUUAAAAACUACUCACAGAGCAAAUAAUAUAACAACCACGCCCCGAGAUUUCCUGAGCCCAAACGGGGACUCUGUUGAGGGUAUCACACCAGGCCUCACACAAGCUGAUAAAGUGGUGUCUGAGCUGAAGUCUCCUGCUGUACUCGGCAGGAACAGGUGUGACCUGUUGCUGGAGGGGGUGCAGUACAGACCUGUCACUACUGAAGGAGCUGAGUUGGAUGCUGAACUGUCCCUCUUCCUCUCCUCAGUCCCCAAAGCCUCGUGCCCUGACAGAGAAUUACUGAAACUUGCAAAGGGUAGCCUUCGGAAGUACUUAGUGUCACCGACCCACUCGGCGCUCCUGGGGCUCUCCCCUGCACUGCAGACCCUCAGUUUCUCCUCAUUGGGCCAUCUCACCGUACCCUCCGCCACUACUCCAGCCCUGCCUACGGCACAUACAGCGCGGGAAUCAAACAGGAGCCACUGCAGCGGCCAGGACGCCACGGCUGCCAGAGGACGCUCAGCUGAGCACUGCUCCUCCCGAACGGUGGCGGAAGCGACACAGACCCGACGGAAUGACGAGCGAGGGCCCAGGGCCAGCCGAAAGCCGUUCCCUUCCCGUAGAGUCCGGGGAGAAGGCCGCAAGGCGCCCCCGGAGGCCGCGGUAAACCUGAGGUCCCAGACCCCGCCGCCGGGCGGCGCAGGCCUCGCGGGUAGCCCGCAGCUGGCGCGGAGGGGUCGCCUCGGGGCUGCCGGCAGCUCGGCCAGAGAGAGCCUGGAGCUGAAGGACAUCUUUAUUGCGGUGAAGACCACGAGGAAGUACCAUAAGAGCCGGCUGGACUUGCUCCUCCAAACCUGGAUCUCCCAGGCGAGGGGACAGACAUUUAUAUUCACAGACUGGGAGGAUCGGGAGCUACGCCUGAAAGCAGGGGAUCAUAUGAUCAACACCAACUGUUCUGCUGUCCAUACCCGGCAAGCUCUCUGCUGCAAGAUGUCUGUGGAAUAUGAUAAAUUCCUGGAAUCUGGGCAAAAGUGGUUUUGCCAUGUGGACGAUGACAACUAUGUGAACCCUCGGACUCUCCUACAUCUCCUGUCUGCCUUUUCACACAGCCAGGAUGUCUAUGUGGGGCGACCGAGUCUGGACCAUCCCAUCGAAGCAGCUGACCAUGUCCAAAGUGAUGGAUCAAAGACAACCGUGAAAUUCUGGUUUGCUACAGGUGGAGCUGGGUUCUGUAUCAGCCGAGGUCUUGCCCUGAAGAUGAGUCCCUGGGCCAGCCUGGGCAAUUUCAUUAGUACUGCAGAAAGAGUGCGUCUUCCCGAUGACUGCACUAUUGGCUACAUCAUCGAAGGGCUGCUGGAGGUAAAGCUGCUACACAGCCCGUUGUUCCAUUCCCACCUAGAAAAUCUGCAGAGGCUGCAAGGCGAGUCUGUGCUGCAGCAGGUAACCCUGAGUUAUGGUGACCCUGAGAACAAACACAAUGUCGUGAGUGUGGGAGGAGUGUUUGGUCUUCAGCAAGAUCCAACCCGAUUUAAAUCUGUCCAUUGUCUGCUUUAUCCUGACACUAUUUGGUGCCCCGCUAAGAAGAUGUCAUAAUUCUUGACCAGCCACUGACACCUGUGUCUUAGCUUGUUUGCAUAAUGCAGGAGUUGUGGAGUAUUUUGGUGGUUUUGUUCUUAUUCUGGGAGACAACCAGUGGUAUCUACAAAGGAGGUAGACAGACUCUGUUUAGAAAAGCAAUAAGGUUUGUUCAGCUGCAGCCUGGGACAUUCCAAGAAGAAUCUUUGUUCUUUUGUCUAGUGGCUCUUCAUAAGAUGACGGCAGUCCUGUGUGUAUGAGUCACUUCACACUUUCUGAUGUCAUGUGAACCUGUGCUUGGGCACAUCUGAGGUAAAUGCAGUACUGGGAGUGAGAGUGUUCUUACUACACUUAAGGGUUUUUAGAAGCCACUGUCUUGAAGCUGGAGUGCUAGAGCAGACUGUAGUCCCCAUGGUGACAAGAGAGAGGAAGUUUUCACUCACCUUUCUAGGGAACAGAAUUAUUUAAGAGCUUCUGUGGCCUGCCAGAUUAAAACUCCAGUGGGCCAGAAUACAGAAAUCCUGGAAUCACUAGGGUAAACAAGGCUGAAAGCCUUUGUCAUGAGAAAACCCUGUGUGAGGGUAAGCUUACUCAGGACUGGAUAAAUUGCUUAUAACAUGCACUCACCCCUGUCAUCCAUGUGUUCCUCCUGUGGAGGUAAUUGUCAGACCUGGCUCGCAUGUCAACUGAAUUGCAAUGGUUGAUGAUUAUGAUCUAUUCCCUUGAUAUUUGAUAUUGAAGAAAUAUCUGCCUGACAAGAUGGUAAUUGUUCCUCCCACUUGGCUGGUUGUUGGUCACAUGAGCUGGAGAGGCUUGUGCUGGCAAAACACACCCUGUCUCUGAAGCAGUGUGAGCGGGGAGGAAUGCUAGAUAGCGGCAAUGCACUGAGGAGGGCUUUGAUGGUAUCAUUUGAGGACCUUUAAUUGUAUGACCAUGGUUACUCCAGCUUCUUCAGAUAAUCUUUUAAUUACCAUAAAGUCAAGAUCAGUGUUUUUACUCCUUAAUAUUUCAACAAAUAGUUCAUGUAGUCACUAAAAGGAGAUUGCACACUCACAAGCAGUUCAGUGCUCUAGUAGUAUCAUCUGCUGCUUUUUAAAGAAAGUAAGCUUUGUUUUGAAAGUGGAAGGAAUGUGGCUCCAUAUGUUUACUUUUUUGUUAGCCCAGACUUUGGCCAUGUGCAAAUUGUACCUGACCUGAAGAAUACCAUUAAAAACUACAUUUGCAAAAUCACUGUUUACUCUUAUAAAAAAUACUUGCUUGUUUAGUGCUAGUUUGAGGCCAAAUUAAGGGAAGACUAAUAGCAUGUCAUUGUAUGAUCUGGAGCUAUGAUUACUGUCGUGAUUGUGGACCUGGCAGAAGUUUCAGGUUUCUAAACAGCUGUGCUAGUUACUUAACUUCUUGGAGAGCAUUUGUAGUGUAUUCAAGUAUGCCACUUAGCACAGGUGUCAGCCUCCCAAAGCACACCCUGUUGCCUGCAUUUUAAUAAACCUUUCAGGGUUUACCUCAAUACAAUGUCCUCUUUGCAUGAUUUUAGGUAGUUUCAUUGAGGAGCAAAUAAGCUGACUGCUACUUACUACAGUCCUGCAGCUCUUUCUGUCAUGUGUACUAAGGUACAUAUGAGGUAUGGAAAUAAGAAAGCUGCAGGGAACUGGAUCAAAGCCCAGUUAGCACACUGGCUGUUCCAUAAUGGGCUGUCACAGAAAACAGAGGAGGAUUUGUGGAAUAGUAGGUUCUACCUCUUUAUUAGUUCUGCUAACUAGAAUUGAGGCAUCCUGUGGUUUAAUUAUUUGUCAUUAAUAGUUCUGGUAUCCAUAUAUUUUUUUAAAAACACUUGUUGGGUUCUUGGUUUUAACAUCCUAUAGAAGAAAACUGUGAAAUUUCAUAAGCUCUUGAAUUGAUUUUGUCUUCAAGCACUGCUUCUGAACUCUUCUGUUGAAACUUUUCUUCCCCUCCCACUGGAAAAAGCCUCUUGUAAGAUAACACAAUAAACAAAGACUGGGCAGCAA